AUGGACGCCAAAGGAGAACAGGAAGAGGUGACUUAUCCAAACAUCUUCUUCAUGGUGGAUAACUUCGACGAGGUGUUCUCUGACUUGGACGUCCGGGAUGGUGAAAUGAUUUGCGCUGAGCUGAUGGCCUCGGACAAGGACGGUUCGUCUGUCGGGGGUGUGGCGUUCCUGGGGGCGAUUGGAUACGAUACCUUGAAGAGAGUUUACGAGGCGAGGACGAGUGCGACGAAUCGAAUGGCGCAUCGUAUGAAGAACUUCAGCUUGUUCCAGUCGCGUCCAGGACAGCGCAUGGAGUUCAUGAAAAUGAAGGGCCCCGGCGGCAAAGGCCACGCGGAAAUGGCUGUUACUAAGGCUCCAGGCAAGUUCAUAUUCGGGGUGCACCAUAAGUCUUGCAAGUCACCGAAUAUCUUCAAUUCCGGACGGAUGUUUCGGUGCGGCGCGGACACGCCUUCAUCGGAGCCAGGAAUGUCUUUCACGGAUCUUUACGACUCUGACUUUGAGGACGAAGACGACGAGCAGCAAUCAUUUCGUCAGAGACGGAUGAGCGAUCCUAGCUCGACGCUGAACAAUUUUGUCCGUUCGUGGAAGAGUCGUCCAUCGGUAAAAAGCGGGACUGGUGGCAACUACGUACACGACCCGUCGGGUACGCGAAAAAAGUCGCACUCAGAGUCUGAAGGGCUGGAUCAGUAUUCCGCGGGGUAUUGUGAAGUUGAAGCUGGAGAUCCGAGAGAUGAUCUCGACGGGACGGACCACAUCCCACUAUGGUCUAUGAAGGGAGCAUUGCAAACUUACCACUUCUGGAAAGAAUCUCGAAGACUACAGUCAUCACCGUUGAACACUUACCUGACUUACGUAUCAUUACCCUGGUUCGCUCUAAUCCGUGGUGAGAAUGACUGGUUAUACUGA